AACGUGCACGCUCUCGGUUUUGCUUCCCGCCGGAGGCUUUAAGCAAAGCUCCCCGGGUCCCCGGAGGGGAAGGGGGGGCAGUGGCGGCAGCUGGGGCUGCAGGAGCAGCUCGGGGGUCCGGAAGUCAACACCAUGUCGAGUCUGCACAAGAGCCGGAUUGCAGAUUUCCAGGAUGUCCUGAAGGAGCCCUCCAUUGUGUUAGAAAAACUUCGAGAACUCAGCUUUAGUGGCAUCCCCUGUGAGGGCGGACUGCGCUGCCUCUGCUGGAAGGAUGGGGGCAGGGAUGUCGCCAGAGCUGUGCUGUUCUCUGUGCAGAUCCUCCUGAACUACCUCCCUUUGGAGAGAGCCUCGUGGACUUCCAUCCUGGCCAAGCAGAGGGGGCUCUAUUCUCAGUUCCUGAGAGAAAUGAUCAUCCAGCCUGGCAUUGCCAAGGCCAACAUGGGUGUAUCCAGGGAGGAUGUGACCUUUGAGGACCAUCCCCUCAACCCAAACCCCGACAGCAGGUGGAACACGUAUUUUAAGGACAACGAGGUGCUACUGCAGAUUGACAAAGAUGUCCGGAGGCUGUGUCCAGAUAUCUCCUUCUUCCAAAGAGCCACUGAGUACCCCUGUCUCCUCAUCCUGGACCCACAGAAUGAGUUUGAGACCCUCCGUAAGCGGGUGGAGCAGACAACCCUGAAAUCUCAGACAGUGGCCCGGAACCGGAGCGGGGUCACAAAUAUGAGCUCCCCGCACAAGAACAAUGCACCACCGGCCCUGAACGAGUACGAGGUUCUGCCCAAUGGCUGUGAAGCCCACUGGGAGGUGGUGGAGCGGAUCCUGUUCAUCUAUGCCAAGCUCAACCCUGGCAUCGCUUAUGUGCAGGGCAUGAACGAGAUCGUGGGCCCCCUCUACUACACUUUUGCCACUGACCCCAAUAGCGAGUGGAAAGAGCACGCUGAAGCAGAUACCUUUUUCUGCUUCACCAACCUCAUGGCUGAGAUCCGGGACAACUUCAUCAAGAGCCUAGAUGACUCCCAGUGCGGCAUCACCUACAAGAUGGAAAAGGUGUACUCCACCUUGAAGGAUAAGGAUGUAGAGCUCUACCUGAAACUGCAAGAGCAGAAUAUCAAGCCGCAGUUCUUUGCCUUCCGCUGGCUGACACUGCUGCUGUCGCAGGAGUUCUUGCUGCCCGAUGUCAUCCGGAUCUGGGACUCCCUCUUUGCCGAUGACAACCGCUUUGACUUUCUCCUUCUGGUCUGCUGUGCCAUGCUCAUACUGAUCCGGGAGCAGUUGCUGGAGGGGGAUUUCACCAUCAACAUGCGGCUUCUGCAGGAUUACCCCAUCACAGACGUCUGCCAGAUCCUACAGAAAGCCAAGGAGCUCCAAGACUCGAAGUAACCUGGUGGCAAGAGGUCCAGGUUUGGAAGAGCACCCACCUGGGCUCUACACCCCCGUUUGUGGGACAUGAAGGAGCCGAUGGGGAAGCCGGCUGACAGCAAGCUGUGGUUUUGGCCAGCUCCAGGUCUUCCCAGCCUGGUUCCCGCGGUCCAGGCUACUCCUCCUGGAGCACGCUGUGCCGUGCUCCUUCCCAGUGCUUGGCGCUGCCACUCUCCCUGCACCUCAGCCCUGAGACCUCCACCCAGACUGCUGAGCAGGGCUGCAGCUCCCGAACUGGUUUCCUAGGGCUGGGCCCACUCGGGGCACCAGAGGCUGGCAAGGGUCCUGCCGUGCCUGCCCAGAAGCCCUCAUCCUUUGUAUUUCAUCUUCCUGUGGGUCCUGGUCAGGGAGGUAAUUGGCUAAUGGGCCAGAAACCCUCCCCGAGUGUUGGUGCUCAAGCUACUUGGGGAAGUGUCCCCAGAAGAGCUGAGUGACUGCCCGAUGUAGGUCCACCUUUUGUCUCUCCUGCCCGGUGUAUUUGCUUGUGACUGUCCCCCACGUGUCUCUGCCUUUGUGUUAUGUACAUGUGUGUUCACACGUGCCCUGGAAGUGGAGUGAGGGUGUGUUGGAAUCCCUCUACGGCCCUGCUCCCCUUCUCUGUGUCUCUCCCUCUGCCUGUCUCCCUCUUCCUUCGCCAGAGGCGUGUGUGGCUCCUGCUCUUUCCGCUUCUCUCCAUUUCUCCUUACCCUUCUCUUGGGAUGCCUUACCCCAAGCUUCUUCCCCUCUCCUCCUCUCUGCUUCCUGAAGCCAGCAGUCAGAAUGAGAAGUGUGGCCUAGUAAGACCCCUGAAGGCCACCCUUGGCUUGAGCAUCCUGUUCCCAUCCCUAGCCCGAGGUGGCAGAGUCCCCUAAUCAGAGAGGGAACCCACAGUGGCUCAUCAGAGGCCCUGGCCCUGCUCUGCUUGUGGAAACUGAGUGCUGCUGACAGCGGGGCCUGCGAAGCUUUGGGCCUCUUGCCCAUUUUCUGCUCAAGUAUGGAGAAAGGAGGGAGUAGGAGAGUCUGUUGGGCUCCCUGAAGACUGAGCAUCUCAGAGAUCAAGCACAGCCUGGAUGUGCUGUGCCUGGGAGUUGGACUCUAAGCAUUUCAGUAGAACUGUCAUCCUCUUGGCUUCCACACUCCUACCCAGGGUGUGCAAGUCUCCUCAAGGGCAAGGGGAUCAAAGGAUGCCUCUGUGUGUCCAGGAUUGGAUGGCCUGGAACCUCUCAGUGCCAGGAGACCUACAUCUGGCCUCUACUCCCAUGGGGGCUGCAGAGAAGCUUCGGCUAUCUCCUGGCCCGUGGUCAGCGUGCCCCGAACUGCUCCUUGUUCAGCAAGUAGGCUUUUUUUGACACUGUCAUGCCCCUCCUUUUAUGUGGAGGCCAGGUAUUUUGGGUCCUGAAGGCAGGUUGAUGGCAAGGGUCCUCACCCUCUCAGAUUGGCCAGGCAAGAGUUGGGCUCCCUGCCUUCCCAGGCCACUACUUUAGUGAGCUCCUUGGGUACUGCUGGGUCUCUCUGCUCGCCUUUUUGCUACCUUCUCCCCCAAGACAGAAUAUUUGGGUGAUUUUUUUUUAACUAUUUAUUUAGACACGGGCUAUUUAUUGCAGAUUGCCAAGUGACUUGGGGCUGUGAGUGUGUGACAUCCUCUGCCAUUCCUGACUGGGAAUGCUGCCAGCUCUACACUAGAACCGGCUAUAAGGGAGGCCAGAGCCGGUACAUCUGCUGUACUCAAAGAUGCAGGACACAUACACUCCCCCCCAUCCUGGCCACACCUCCACCUAGGGCUUGUCAGCUUGUAGUUCAGCCCCAGCAUUGACCUCUUCAUGGCCUGGAAGCCAACAGACACUGCCUUGGACACCUAAUGUAGUCCCUCUCGUCUGUCCUUCCCCUCCCUCCCUCCCUCUCGUCCUCUCUUCCUUCCUGGGACCAUGCUGUUGGGAUCACUGCAUCCAGUUUGUUUCUGUGGGAGACCUGUAUCCUGUGCCCACUACUUGGUCCUUGAGAUGAAGGCCAAGGACAUGGAUAUUGUCUUGAGUAGGGCGACUCCGUCCCCGUUGGGUGCUGCCUGAGGAAAGGAGUUGCCUUUGAUGACUCUUAAGGGAGAACCAGAGUCUUCAGUACCUGCAGCUUCUACCUGGGAGUGUCCCCAGGAGCGCAGCAGGUCGCCUGAGGGUUGGAAUGGCAGUGACUUUUGUGUUCUCAUCCGUUCUCUGAGUCAGUGCUAUCAACAAGUUGUCUUUAAUAAACCAUGUGCUCUUUA